AUGCUAUCUUACCUACUCUUUUUCAUUAAUGACCCAUCUCAACUUCCAUCUUCCCAACACUACUUUUUUCCUUUGUUUUAUAAAGUGUUGAAUCUGAAGCCAUAACAAGCUGCAGAGGGUUAACUUGUUAAGAGAGAUUAUGGAGAAAUUAUUCCUGGUUUUAGCAUUAUUUGCAAUUGCAUACAGCAAUGUAUAUGCACAAGACUCAGCUACUCUUGUUCCUGCAAUCAUAACAUUUGGUGAUUCUGCGGUGGAUGUCGGUAACAAUGACUAUCUCCCCACUCUUUUCAAGGCUAAUUACCCUCCUUAUGGAAGAGACUUUGUCAAUCAUGAAGCUACAGGAAGGUUCUGCAAUGGAAAAUUAGCCACAGAUAUAACUGCUGAAACUCUUGGCUUCAAGACCUUCCCUCCAGCUUACCUUAGCCCGCAAGCUUCCGGCAGCAACCUUCUUAUUGGAGCUAAUUUCGCUUCUGCUGCAUCUGGUUAUGAUGACAGAACAGCAAUCCUCAAUCAUGCCAUCCCCUUGUCUCAGCAGUUACAGUAUUACAAGGAUUACAAGACUAAGCUAGCACAAGUAGCCGGUAACCAGAAAGCAACAUCUAUCAUCAAUGGUGCACUGUAUCUAUUGAGUGCAGGCAGCAGUGAUUUUCUGCAGAAUUAUUAUGUUAAUCCUCUACUCAACAAAGUUUAUACUCCAGAUCAAUAUGGGUCUUAUCUUGUUAAUGUAUUCACAAGCUUUGUGAAGGAUUUGUACGGUUGUGGCGCUAGAAGAAUUGGGGUUACUUCACUUCCACCAUUAGGUUGCCUUCCUGCAGCAAUCACCUUGUUUGGAUUCCAACAAAAGGGAUGUGUUUCAAAUAUCAAUUCGAAUGCUCAGCAAUUUAACAAGAAAAUCACAUCUGCUGUAGCAAGCUUGCAGAAGCAACUAUCUGGUCUUAAAAUUGUGGUUUUCGAUAUCUACAAGCCACUUUUCGAUGUCAUCCAAUCUCCUUCAAAAUUCGGUUUUGUGGAAGCAAGGAGAGGAUGUUGUGGAACAGGGACUGUAGAGACAACCUCAUUUUUGUGCAAUCCGAAGACACCCGGAACAUGUUCAAACGCCACUCAGUAUGUAUUCUGGGACAGUGUUCAUCCAUCCGAGGCAGCCAAUCAGGUUCUUGCAGAUUCUUUGCUCUUCCAAGGUCUCUCCCUUAUAUGAUAAUACUGGAGGAUAGACUUUACUUUACUUUCGUAAACUGUUGUAAUCACAUUUUAUUGUGAAAAGCUCAAGUGUGUUUGUACUAUUACUACUUUUUAAACUACCAUCUACAUGAUUAAGUGAUAAUAUGCUCGAGACUUCUAUCUGUUUUCUAUCCGCUA